GCUGGGCGAAUCAUCUGUUGUUGACGUGCUGAAUAUUCAAGACGAAGAAAAACAAAAUAAUGGAUUUUGUUUAGUUCCUAAUCCAUGUCAACUUUAUAUUACAGAAAAAAAAAGGAAAAAAUAAUGGAUAAAGAUUCUGAUAGUACAGUGACUUCAUUGGACGAGAAUACGGAAAACUUUUGCAACAAUCAAACUCGAGAUAUUUUAGCCGAAGGAUUGAUAAAUUUAUUUAAACCUGUAGUGGAGAAACUGGAUGAAAGAAUACAAGGCACAAGAGUCGCUCAGUUGGAAUUGAAAGCUCAGUUAGAAGCACUAUCAGUGCAGUUGCGGGAAAUUGAAAAAGCACAGCAAAAUAUACCUGAAUUUUCUAACAAAGUCAAAGAACUAAUAAACGUCAAACACAAAGUUACAGUGAUUUCUAACAUUUUAACCACCAGCCAAGAGCGAUUAACUGGUCUGCAUAAGCUUAUUGAGAAGGAGCAGAGAAAACGACAAGCUCUGCUAAAUUCAGCUAUAAAUACAAGUAUUCCCUAAGCAAAAUUCGAA